ACACAUCUGAAUCGCUUUGAGGCAAAAUAAUAACCGAGGUUGCAAUUUUGCUACCCCUGUCUUCAUAGUGGACCUUCACUAACCUGGAACAUGGUUUCUAAGGUAGAUAUGUGAAAAAUGAAUGUAGAGACCUGCCACAUAAGAGAGCUGUUGGUAUGACAUGAAGAGACUGGCAAAGAUACCUUUUCUUAUCUCUGCACCAAAGAAAACAAAAAGCUGCUUACUUAACAAUUUUGUCUAUGGUUGACAUGACAGUAGCAUUCAGCUGCGUGCUCAGUGAAACACAUAUCCAAGAAAAGGUAGUCUGCAGGAAAACUGGAGGAAGACUUAUGCUUAGAGUCCUUGCUCUGCAAACUUCUACAGGGGCUGGAAGAGGAUCAAUGAGGCUGAAACUCAGAAGGGAGGAAGACUGAUGCUAAAAGAGCACGUGACCCAGUGACAUUGUAAAAGAUCUGCUACAUUGGUGAGAUUAAUCAGCAAAGUACUUGUGUCCUUGAGGGAGAAAUGAAGACAGAAGAAUUGGAAAACUUAUGGGUAUUAAUUUGAAGAGGAGAAAGGUAGUGAGCUGAUCAUAUAGACAGACAGUGAUCAUGACUAUAGGUUAACCCUUCAAUCACUAUAGUGCAUUGAGUUGCUACAGUAAAGUACUCCUCUCAAAAGCUUUUCUCCUUACCCUUAUUUUCCCUUUACAAACUGGUCUCCCUCUCACCUACUCUCACUUUACAUCUUCUGCAUUUGAUCACUUUGCUCUGCCCACCUAGAAAUAUAUCCCCUUCCAUUCUUGGUUUAUUUAAUACUGAAUCAUCCACCAAAAUGUGGCACAAAUCCCACUUCUUCUAAGAAACCCUCCUGGCCCUAUCCAUGGGACUUCAUCUCCAUCCUCUGAUCUAUUACAGAACUCAAUCUCCAUAUAACUGCCUUGGUAUUUUUUUUUUCAAAAUUUACCUUUGGUAUCCCACUUUUUUCAUGUGUCUUUGUGUCCCUACCUAGACUCUGGCAUACUGCAGGGUAGAGACUUUAUCUUUCGCCUGUGGACUGACAAAUGCACCGAGUACUGGUCUAGGAUGAGAGUUGGUAAAAGACCAUUUAUAAAGACACAGACAAUGUCAGCAACUGACAGAAAUAGACAUAUUUGAGAUAAGCAGAGAGGGGAAUAAAAAGAACAGAGAUUGGGGGUGGGAUGGAGAAGAGGAAGCAACAGAGAAAGUGUUUUUUUAGAGCCAGUUACAAGUAAUAAGGCUAGUGUCAGCUUCACACUAACUUGUUUACUGGCCUCCACUGAUAGUGAGAAGAGCCACAAUAGAGCUGAACAAAUAGGGAGAAUAAACAAGCUUGAAACAUGCCCUACUUGGGAGGCAGCUUAAUUACACAAACUGAAGUUUUGAAGCAAAUAGAGGAUCCUCCAAGACUCCAGGGGCUCUGCUCUGCCAAGAGAAAGAAAGCACCUUAUCCCUGGGCAGAGAAUUUCAUUCCAGAGGAGGGGGAGGGGCUGCUGUUGGUGGCUUUUGCAGUGGGUGGAGAUAGAGUAGAGAAGGCUUGCAGGGGUGGGCUGGCAGAGGGGAAGGGCCAACAAUGAAGUUACAGAUGGAUGAGUGGGUUUCUGCCACAAAAUCAGAUCAAGGAGAGGGAGGUGAAGAGGAAAAUAUAGGGAGGAAAAAAAAAGAAUUGUGAGUGACCAAGGCAGUAAACCUGUAGAAAAUUAGAAAAGAAAAUCUUGCCAUGGGGGAGGUGGGCGGAGAUAUACAGUUGCAGAUAACUCUCUAUUAUAAAUAGAUUGCAUCUGUGCUAUUUAUUUUGUAUUUUAGCAAAUCUCUGAAAUUUUCAUGGUAAUGAAACUUACGGCGAGGCAGUUACUUGAGAAGUGUAGACCCUCCUUUUGCUACAGAACACUCCCUAGUCCUUGGAAGGUGGGUGUCAGAGCUCUGGGACCCUAGUACAUCUCUAUCUGAGGGCACUUAUCUGGCUUAAGUGAGUGUAGUAUUAAAUUUUACUUUAUAUUUUUGUGAUGGUGGGAGAUUGAAUUUUGCACAGUGUGAUAGGAAUAUUUUUAUGGUACCUUUCAUUUUUGCCUUUUCCUUGCCCCCUACUUAUUAUUAUCAAUAUUGUUGUAAUUAUUUUAAACAAGUAGGAGCGAACAUGGUAUGCAUAAUUGAAACACUCCUCCUUGUUUGAAAUGUUGUCUCCUCCUCUGCAGUCCUGCGGCAAAGACAGGCACACAGGCUUUCUCUGUGGAUUAAUUGGUCAGGAAAGACACUUUUUAUAUUGUCAAGUGGCACUUAAGCCAUUAAUUCUUGACUGUGAAACUGCUUUUCCUGGGCAAUGCUCUUUAAGGAAAAACUUAUUCAGUCCAGUGACUGGUGACUAAGGGAACGAUGGAGCACAGGGAAUUGGGCGGGAUCUAGACUCCUAAUAAUGCCUCCUUAGCCAAUGAAAAGCAUUUCCUAUUGAGACCCCCAAGAGUUCCCCUGGCCGUCGGCUCCAGCUCGGACUUCAGGCCUUUUUGUGUCCUGUUUGCUAAAGGCAUGCGGGCUACAGCAUUCAAGAGAGGGAGUCGUUAACAAAGGGAAAGAGAUAAAUGUAAAUAAGCUCACAUUUACAGAAUGAGCGGUUUGCAGUAAAAAGCUGCGGCAGCCCAGAGUCUGCUACUUUAGGCUGGGCUAACCUUUCCCUGUAAAAAAAAAAAAAAAAAAAAAAAAAAAAAAAAAAAAAUGGAUAAAAAUAUGCACUUCCAAAGGGCGAGUUGCCCAUUUACAUGUUUAUUAGCUAAUUAUCUACAGGCAUCAGCACAUUCUCUCAUCUAGCACACUCUUUCUUGGGGAAGACAGAUUUCUGGAGGAGUGUGAAAAUCAACUCUCCUUAAUAUUAAGGACCCUGCCCAAUGGUAACAGUUGUUGCCAAGAAAAGAAAAAAAGAAAAAAAAAAAAAGACCCAAUUACCCAUUGGAGGAAAUCUCUAACUACAGUGCCUCCAGGAAGCUCAUUGGUUAUUCCAGUCUUAGAUAAAAUUGGUGCCAGGAUUUGGUUCGAACUAAUGUGGAGGAAAAUAUUUCCUACCGGUCCAUAGUGUCAGAGUGGUGAACCCCUGCAGCCAGCAGGCCUCCUGAAAAAAAAGUCCAUGGGUGACAGAAGAUUCAUUGACUUCCAAUUCCAAGAUUCAAAUUCAAGCCUCAGACCCAGGUUGGGCAAUGCUACUGCCAAUAAUACUUGCAUUGUUGAUGAUUCCUUCAAGUAUAAUCUCAAUGGUGCUGUCUACAGUGUUGUAUUCAUCUUGGGUCUGAUAACCAACAGUGUCUCUCUGUUUGUCUUCUGUUUCCGCAUGAAAAUGAGAAGUGAGACUGCUAUUUUUAUCACCAAUCUAGCUGUCUCUGAUUUGCUUUUUGUCUGUACACUACCUUUUAAAAUAUUUUACAACUUCAACCGCCACUGGCCUUUUGGUGACACCCUCUGCAAGAUCUCUGGAACUGCAUUCCUUACCAACAUCUAUGGGAGCAUGCUCUUUCUCACCUGUAUUAGUGUGGAUCGUUUCCUGGCCAUUGUCUAUCCUUUUCGAUCUCGUACUAUUAGGACUAGGAAGAAUUCUGCCAUUGUGUGUGCUGGUGUCUGGAUCCUAGUCCUCAGUGGCGGUAUUUCAGCCUCUUUGUUUUCCACCACUAAUGUCAACAAUGCAACCACCACCUGCUUUGAAGGCUUCUCCAAACGUGUCUGGAAGACUUAUUUAUCCAAGAUCACAAUAUUUAUUGAAGUUGUUGGGUUUAUCAUUCCUCUAAUAUUGAAUGUCUCUUGCUCUUCUGUGGUGCUGAGAACUCUUCGCAAGCCUGCUACUCUGUCUCAAAUUGGGACCAAUAAGAAAAAAGUACUGAAAAUGAUCACAGUACAUAUGGCAGUCUUUGUGGUAUGCUUUGUACCCUACAACUCUGUCCUCUUCUUGUAUGCCCUGGUGCGCUCCCAAGCUAUUACUAAUUGCUUUUUGGAAAGAUUUGCAAAGAUCAUGUACCCAAUCACCUUGUGCCUUGCAACUCUGAACUGUUGUUUUGACCCUUUCAUCUAUUACUUCACCCUUGAGUCCUUUCAGAAGUCCUUCUACAUCAAUGCCCACAUCAGAAUGGAGUCCCUGUUUAAGACUGAAACACCUUUGACCACAAAGCCUUCCCUUCCAGCUAUUCAAGAGGAAGUGAGUGAUCAAACAACAAAUAAUGGUGGUGAAUUAAUGCUAGAAUCCACCUUUUAGGUAUGAGAAAUGUGUUCAGGUCCAGAUAUGGUUUCUCCUAUAAUUUUUCCUAUGCUAUAGACUAAAGAUUUGAAGCUAAUGAUACUGAGAAUAAUGCACCAAAUCCAGUGAGAUACAUUUGUUUGAAGGUAUACUGUAGAGUUUUUAUUGCUGUUUUGUUCAGUAAUUAUAGGUCAAAUCUAAUUACAACAACCAAGAUGGAUUGCCAAACUCUUCUGCUUGGUUGGAAUUUCAUUGUAUCGCAUUAUCCAGGUGGCCAGUGGCAUUUGAUAAUAUACAGAUGACUUUGAAACUUUCAAAGAGGUAUUUCUAUUCCAAUGAUAUUUGGUAAUUAGGUUGGGCCUAUAAAUAUAGAACAAAUUCAGGGAUUUUUAAAAAAUUGUGUUACUACUGAUAUAUGCUAGUUUUAUUUUAUUUUUUUGAAUUGUCAUUGAGUUUAUUUUAGCACAAGAAUAUUUUUAGCCUAACAUUAUUAAUAAGAAAUGUGUCAAAUUUUUAACAUUGGUAAAAUACGUUAUGUGCAUUUUGAAAACAGAAAACAAAUUGCAUUGGCAUGUACGUGGGUGGGAAGAAAAAGAAAAUUAACGGGAUUUACACAAUUAUAAUCACCAGCAGUGUGAGUUUAAAAAACUUCGUUGUUUUCACACCAAAUUAAAAUUUUCAUGUCAAACUUCAAAGCCAGAAAGCUGCUAAAUACGUGUCUGGCAGGUAAAAGCUGGAAAAUUACUUAAAACAGGAAAGUGUCAAUAAAAAAACUUGAGCAACACCAACAUAUUUUUUCUUAAAAUGUCACGUUAUCUUCAUUUUGGGAAACUAGGUUCUAUAAAAUAUUUAUCCUCCCUGUUAUACUUUGGAGCACAGCACAGCCAGAAAGGGGCUGCAUUUGUGCCCAGGUCAGGAGCAAAUUGAAAAAAAAAAUAAAGUAAUACAAAAAAAUCAAACUAUAAAGCAAAAACAUUUAUUAAAACCUGAAUUAAUCCUUUUUGGAGGGAGGAGUAGAGAUAUAUAACCUGAAAAUACUUAUUCUUUCUUAUCGAAUUUUGGAGCCUAAUAUAGCCAGGAGCUGCUGAAUUUGUGCCCCUGGAUUGGAAGCAAAUAAAAAAAAAAACAACACAUAAA